AGUUCCCAAAUAUUUAGUGAUUCUUAUCUUUCUCUUCUUAUGCUUAUUACGACUUGAUCUCCACAGCGCCUAGGUUUUGCACUAGAUCCUCAAACCCGACCUCCAACUGGACUGAACUAGUCACACCGUCUAAUUAGGGCGAAAUUAAGAGGAACUUAUUGAGAAUAUUGCAUCUUUUAAAGAAGCAAAAAGUCAUGGAGAAAACCAUUGAUAGAAUCAGCCAACUACCCGAUGUUCUUCAUUACCUACCUGAUGAUGUUCUUCAUUACAUCCUUUCCUUGAUGCCGUUGAAAUUGCUAGUAAGAACAAGCAUUCUUUCAAGUAAAUGGAGAAACUUGUGGAAAUCCAUACGGGCUUAUGAUACUGCUCUCGAUUUAGGCGUCGAAUUCACGUCUGGCCAAACCCAAGAAGAAUUCGUCACUACUGUCAACCGAUAUCUACAGCUCCACAAAUCAAAGGAGAUCCAGAUUUUUCGGCUCUCCUUCCUUCCAUGCAAUCAAUCAAAUGCUGAGAAAUGGGUCGAAUUCGCAGCAGCAAAAAGAGUCAAGGAGCUUCAUAUCGACUUCAAAGAACAUGUGCCUUAUAAAUUUCUUAACUCCAUCUUUGAUUGUGAUUGUAUAACCCAUUUAAAUUUGAGUGGCGGCGAUUUCAGAUUAGCAUUGAAUUUCAAAGGUUUCACUUACCUCAAAACCCUCCACCUAAGUGAUUUUAGAGUUACAGAUGCCUUGUUUGAAAUCAUGCUUUCAAAUUGCCCUCUUCUUGAGGAUUUGAGUUUAAGGAGUUGUCCUGAUCUGACUCGUGUCAAGGUUUCCGCCCCGGAUCUGCCACUUAAGAGGUUGACUGUGUUCAAGUGUUGCAAUCUCAAUGAGAUUGAGAUUUUUGCUCCAAACCUACAGUCAUUCUAUUUCGAUGGUAGUUUUGUUCGUACGGCUAUGUCUUUCAAGAACAUUUCGAGCUUGGUGGAUGUCUUUGUUAAUGGUAGAAGUCGGGAUUUAUAUAAUCAAAGCCGUGAUUGGAUUACAGUUCUGAACCAUCUUAAACAUGUUAACAUUCUGACAUUGUGUGAUGUCUCACUUAAGCAUGUACAUUAUGACUGGUAUGGUAGAAUCCAUGAUUUGCCAAUUACAUUCUACAAUUUGCAAGAAUUGGAGUUAUUGGUGGAUCGGAGUGAAAGCCUCUUUCCAGUCCUCACAUAUAGCUUCUUCAAAAAAUGUUUAUCUCCUUCUCUUGAGAAGCUUUUCAUUGAACUUUUGUUUACCAACAUUGACGAGGACAAGAAACUCUGGGCCAUGCAAAACCGGGCCAUGGGAUGUCGGACAAUUGAGACUCCGGAUAUUACCUUUCAUCAUCUGAAAGUGAUAAAAAUAAAUGGUUGUAGAGGGCUCUAUGAUGAACUGAAAUUGGUGAAAUUCUUCUUAGAGAAGUCUAUUGUAUUAGAGAAAUUGGUUUUGGUAGUUCAUCCAAUAGGUCUCAGAACGAAGAAUGUUUUGCGCUAUCUUCGCCGGCGGGUAUUGCUCUUAGCAAAUGCAUCAUCAUCUAAUGCUCAUAUAUCAAUAUGUGAAUAUUGGGACGAAGAUCGAUCUCUAGCCCCGGUGCAUGAUGAAGUUUACCACGAUAAGAAAUAA